GUUUAUUCAGUUUUCGGACUUUGCAAACGGCGGACCUCGCUUGAACUUAUAUUUAAAAAUAAAUAAAUAAAAAUUAACCAAUAAUGUGCGGAAUAUUUUCGAUAUUUUCGAGAGAUGGAGAACCGAUUCCCCCGCAAGUUCUCCACGGCAGCAAGCACAGUUUAAGGGAACUGGCCUAUAGGCAAAGUGGAAAGCAGCGACAUCGUGGUCCGGAUUCCACCGGGGUCUACGUGAUUGCCUCGGAAGGAGUGGCCAUGGUCCACGAACGCCUCCGGAUUGUGGGCGUGGAAAUGGGCGAUCAACCCUUCGUCUCUGAGGAUGGCAACCUCAUCCUGGUGGCCAAUGGAGAGAUCUACAACUAUCUGGAACUUUCGGCGGAGAUUGCGAAAAAACGUGGCACUUACAAGCCCAAAAGCGAUUGCCAUGUGAUACUGGAACUGUACCGAGAUUAUGGCAAGGAUCUGCUGCAGUUCAUCACCGGAAUGUUUGCCUUUGCCUUGUACGAUCGCAGGACCAAGGAAGUCCUGCUGGCCCGAGAUCCCUUUGGCAUAAUACCCAUGUACGUGGGUGAGGAUGCGGCGGGCAACCUUUGGGUGGCCUCCGAGAUGAAGUGCCUGGUGGAUACCUGCUCCAAGGUGGAGACCUUUACGCCUGGCGAGGCUCGUUUUGGUAAAGUUGGUGAGCAGAAAACCUGCUGGCGAUUCGAGCAACCCUGGAUCAAGGAGGUGCCCACCCAAACCUGCGAUCUAUCCUUGCUCCGGGCCAACUUGGAGUCGGCGGUGCGCAGUCAUCUGCAAUGCGAUGUCCACCUGGGCGCUCUUCUCUCAGGCGGAGUGGACUCCAGCCUCAUAGCCUCCAUUGCCACCAAGAUAAUGCGGGAAAGGGAUCCCAAUUUCCGGUUGAAGACCUUCUCGGUGGGCUUGAAGGAUGCCCCCGACUUUCAGGCUGCUAGACAUGUGGCCAAAUACAUAGACAGCGACCACAAGGAGAUCAUCUUCCAGAUCGAUGAGGCUCUGGAUGGCAUUCGGGAUAUAGUUUACCACCUGGAGACGUACGAUGUCACCACCGUGAGAUGCAGUUUACCCAUGCUGCUGCUGGCCAGAUAUAUCAAGAGCACGGGUAUUAAGAUGAUCCUCUCCGGCGAGGGAGCGGAUGAGAUCUUCGGUGGGUACUUGUACUUCCACAAGGCUCCCAACUACCAGGAUUUCCACGAGGAGCUGGUGAAGAGAGUGCAGCAGCUGCAUUUAUCCGACUGUUUGAGGGCCAACAAAGUGGCCAUGGCCAAGGGAGUGGAGCUGCGAGUACCCUUCCUGGACACGGGGUUCGUUAACCAUGUGAUGCAGAUCCGGCCGGAGGACAAGAUACCUGGACCUCUUAACCAAUUCGGCGGGGAGCAGCAAAAGCGAUUGGAGAAGUACAUCCUGCGAGCUGCCUUUGCGGAUAACUAUCUGCCCGACGAUGUCCUGUGGCGGCAGAAGGAGCAGUUCUCCGACGGAGUGGGCUACGAUUGGAUCGACAGCAUCCGCCGGGUGGCCACCAGCCACGUAAGCGAUAAGGAGUUCGCCGGAGCCGCCCUGCGGUUCCCCUUCAACACACCCACCACCAAGGAGGCCUUCUAUUAUCGCUGCAUUUUUGCCGAACAAUUUCCCGGAGAAUCGGCCGCCCGAACCGUAACUCGAUGGGUGCCACGUCUCGAUUGGGGCUGUCCGGAGGAUCCAUCCGGACGGGCUCAGGCCGUCCACCAGGUCAACAAAGACUGAUAGAACCUUAAUUAACCUAGUCUAGUCUAAAGAAUUCCAAUCGGCAUCUGCCGAGACAGGCACAAUAAAUUUCUUUAAUUGGUAGUCAA